AUGAAAAUAUUUUGCUUGAAUCCUAAAACACCGUCGUUUUCAAUAUACCGAAACAGUUCACCAUCCUCAAUAUCAAGUUCAUCUACAACCACAACUCCUUCAAUCAGAAAAGCUACAGCACGCAUAGAAGCAGCAAAAGCGCUUAUAUCAAAAUGGAACUCCGAAACUUCAGAUUACGCCAAAGUAACUUCUCUCUUCUACGUCAACAAAGACGAAGCCAUUCAAUACAUUCAGUGUGUUAACCACCUUCAAAGAGCAAUGCAUUCGUUACUCAAACUAGAGCCAUUUUCGCAGAAACUCAUCCAUGCACAAAACCUAAUGCAAAUUGCCAUGAAGAGACUACAGAAAGAGUUCUACCAGAUAUUAUCCGCGAACCGGGCUCACCUUGAUCCCGAAUCCGUUGGAUCCUCCGACACUUCCUUCAGUUCUUACGACUAUGGAGGAGAGGAAAAAGAUACUGGAACUGCAGCGGAACGUAUCUCCGAAGUCGAACGUGUUUCUUGUGACAUGGUUGAUGAUUUGAGAAUUAUUGCUGAUUGUAUGGUUUCUAAUGGUUACGCAAAGGAAUGUGUAAAGGUUUAUACUAAAGUGAGAAAAUCAAUUAUUGAUGAAAGCAUUUAUAAACUCAACGUGGAGGAACGAAGCUUCUCGAAGGUGAAUAAGAUGGAUUGGAAAAUUCUUGAGAUGAAAAUCAAGAGUUGGUUAGAGGCGGUUAGGAUUUCAGUGAGAACACUCUUCAUCGGAGAGAGAAAUUUCUGCGAUGGGAUUUUCGCUUCUAGAUCCAUGAGAGAAGCUUGCUUUGGUGAGAUAUCGAGAGAUGGAGCUAUUCUUUUGUUCAGAUUUCCUGAACUCGUCACCAAAUCAAAGAAAUCAAUGCCAGAUAUGAUUUUCCUUGUGCUCGACAUGUACACUGCAAUCACCGUGUUGUUGCCGGAGAUUGAAUCGAUCUUCUUGUUUGAUUCAACCGCAGCUGUUAAAUCUCAAGCAUACAAUUCGCAACAACGACUCGCGGAGUCGGUAAGGAAGAUACUCUCAGAAUUCGAAUACACAAUGUUGAAGAACACUUCCAAAUUGACGGCGAAUCUCGGGGAAUUUCAUUCUCUGACGACUCGAACAAUGCAGUACCUCACUCGUCUUGCAGAUUACAAUCAUGUGCUCUCUGAAAUAUUCUUGGACAUUCGUCCGUCGUCGAUGACAUCUGCAUUGCCGGAAUCUUAUUCAUACAGUCUAGAAUUAUCCAACAACAUGACGGAUAUUUCAAUCGGAUUUUCAGUUCAAAUGACUCGGCUGAUUGAAGUUCUUCUUUCCGAAAUCGACAGAAAAUCAAAUCAAUGUAUGGAUCUAUCGUUGUGUUAUCUAUGUCUCGCAAACAAUCUCUGGCACGUCGUGGAAAAGAUACGUGCGACGAAUUUACAAGAUGUUCUGGGGGAUGAUUGGUUGUUGAGGCACAUAUCAAAGGUGAAAAGGUUGAUGGAGAACUACGAGAGGGUAGCGUGGGAUGAAGUUUUUUCCUCAUUGCCGGAAAAUCCAACAACAAUAUCAGUGGCGGAGGUGAGAGGGGUGUUUAUGAAAUUUAGUCUGGAAUUCGAGAGAGCUUAUCAGAAACAGAAUUCAUUUGUCGUGCCAGAAUCGGAAUUUCGCGAAGAUAUAAGAGCGUCUCUAGAGAGAAAACUAAUUCCGAUUUAUCGCGAGUUGUAUGAUACAUAUGGGAGGAUUAUGGCAGGAAGAUCACUUACUGAAAUGAAUGAAUGUGUUGUUUUUACGCCUGAAGAUGUUCAGAAAUUCCUGGGGAAUCUCUUCUCAUGUGGAAAAGUUUAG